AUGGCGAGGAAACCAGUCGACAAUGACCCAAUAUCUAGGUGUAUCAUCGAGCAGAUGACUCCUCGCAAGGAAGUGAAAGUUGAUUUAGAUAGGAUAUUUCAAAAAGAAGGCCCUGCCUUGGAAUUUAGUGCAUCAUUGUCUGAGACUCAAGCUACCAUGAAUGAGUUCUGUGAUGCACUGAAACCAGAAAAGGGACAUAUUAGCCUGGGUUUUCCAUUACUCCAAAUAAUUUGCCGCGACACAUCUGCCCUUCUCAAGCAAUUACGCCUUAUUCUUGAUGAAAUCGAUGAAAAGAUACCCGAUGAUGCAAUAAUGGAAGAACGACUUCCUCUAUGGCGUCAACUAAUUAGUCGUGCGCAGAGGGAACUCCCGGAGUUUGCUGCUUCUAUCAGAUCAUUUGAUUCUUUCAUAACACGAAUCGAUUCUGACGUUACAGAUGAGGAGAGCUCUGAGAGUGGCUCAGAUAUUGAAAUUGACUUGGAUAAACUCCUUAAAGACGUGGAGAAGGUCACGGAGCGAUUGCGGGUGACCUCAGCCUCGCUGACAUCUAACAUGGCGCUACUUGAAAGUCGAAAAUCCAUCGAUGAGGCACAUGCCGUGGCAAGACUUACUGAGCUAGCCUUCAUUUUCAUACCUCUCUCCUUUUCAACUUCCGUUUUUGGGAUGCAGAUUGAACAAUUUGCCAAUCACGUCCCCAUUGGGAAUUUCUUUGCUGUGGCCGCAGGAGCAACAAGUUUUGCAUAUACAAUGCGCCUCGUUAUGCGCAGUCAAUGGUUUGCAGAUAUGAAAACAGAUAUGAAGGCCGAUAUUAGAAAGUAUGCGGAAAAAAACGGGAAAUCCGUUCAGCUCCGAUCGCUUUCCAGUAGUCUUAUUCUUCAAUGGGGAAUUAGCGUAUUGACUGUGAAUACCUUGAAGACCGGAAAAUUGGGUAUGAAGAUUGGAAAAUGGACUGGUAGGAUUGCUUGGAGAGCUUCAUAUUGGUUCUCCAAGCAAUUGGGAUUCGUGAUCAGUUUUUUCCUGUUGGUUGCACUCAUCGUUGCGAUACCUACCGGAAUCCUGGGGAUCCGAAAUCUCAGCCCCAGUCUCCAGACAGCCGUGAGCCUAGGCGUUGUCAUGAUAACCGUUUUUACCUUGACAGCCAUAUUCUCAAUGUCCGACAAUAGGCCAGAUAGAGACAGCUUGUGGCCACGGAUCUUUACUAGAGUGCCAGAUACUACAGGGACCCAACCAUCUACGUCGGACUCCUCCGUCUCACCAGUUUAG